AUUGAUUUGACAUUCACAUUCCCAAACAAACCACAUCAGUCACACUUUUUUUCUUAUUAACAACAACAACAACAACAAUCCUCCCUCCUUUCAUUCGCUUAUGUUAUUCAUUAAAAUAAACCCCUUAGCAUGAUAUGAUGUCACAAACAAAUAAAUAUCCACAAGACACCACCAGUAGUGUUUUUCAUAGUUCAAUUCUUUUGUCCACCAAACCAACAAAAUUAAACAACACCCCAAUGGCCUCAACUCCCUCACAGUUUUGAAAGAUUCACUCUUUAUUUUAUUCUCUGAGACAACCAUCAAGUACAUGAGUUUUACUCAAAGAAGAAAAACACAUAGCACUAGAGAAGCAUCAUUAAUGUCAGAACAGGAAACCGAUUCACGGGGCUUCCUGUUUGUCUGUUUCUUGAUCCUUCUCGCAGGUAAAUUAGUUGCUGGGGAUUCAUUGGAAACGGACAAACAAGUUCUGCUGAAGCUGAAAUCGUACUUGCAAAACCAAACAGUAGCAAACAAAGGAGGGUUGAAUUGGAACAAGAACACUUCAAAUCCAUGUGAAUGGUCAGGAAUCUCGUGCAGCCUAUUUAAUGGGACAAAUUGGAGGGUCGUGAAAAUAGACAUCUCUGAGAGUGAGAUUGCUGGUAAGAUAUUCAACAACUUCUCACAACUUACGGAGCUCACACACCUGGAUAUCUCUUGGAACUCGCUCUCUGGGGUGAUUCCCGAGGACUUAAAGGAGUGCCACAAGCUUGUGUAUCUCAAUCUCUCCCAUAAUCUGCUAGAGGGUGAGCUGAAUUUGAAAGGCUUGACACAGUUGCAAACAUUGGACUUGUCUCUUAAUAGGUUUGAUGGGGAACUUGGGUUGAGUUUCCCUGCCAUUUGUGACAGUUUGGUCAGUUUGAAUGUUUCAGCUAAUCAUUUAAGUGGCGGGAUUGAUGGAUUCUUUGACCAAUGCUUGAGGUUGAAAUACUUGGAUUUGAGCACCAACAAUCUGAGUGGGGCCUUGUGGACGGGAUUUUCCAGGCUGAGUGAGUUUUCAGUUUCUGAGAACCAUCUCAAUGGGAUUGUUCCUUCCCAGGCUUUUCCAAUGAAUUGUAGCCUUGAAAAAUUGGAUCUUUCUUUAAAUGGGUUUGUUGGUAGAGCUCCCAAGGAGGUUGCUAACUGCAAGAAUUUAGUGGCUCUUGAUCUUUCUAGUAACAGUUUUACUGGAGAUGUUCCCAGUGAAUUUGGGUCCAUUUCUGGUCUAGAAUCAUUGUUCUUGGAGAACAACAGUUUCUCAAGAGAUCUUCCUGAGACCCUUUUGAACUUGACCAAAUUGUUUAUCUUGGAUUUGAGCAGAAACCGGUUUGGUGGGGAGGUACAGAAUAUUUUUGGGAAAUUCAAGCAACUGAAGUUUCUUAUGCUGAACUCAAAUUUCUACACUGGAGGGUUGGAUACAUCAGGCAUUUUUACUUUGACAAACCUUAGCCGCUUAGACCUGAGCUUCAACAACUUUUCAGGUCCAUUACCUGUUGAAAUCUCACAAAUGUCUGGACUCACUUUCUUAACCUUAACCAACAACCAGUUCUCUGGACCUGUUCCAUCUGAAUUGGGAAAGUUGACUCGCCUUGUAGCACUUGAACUUGCUUUCAACAGUUUCAGUGGACCAAUCCCACCAAGCCUUGGAAACUUGAGUUCUCUCUUAUGGUUAACCAUUUCAGAUAAUUCAUUAACAGGGGAAAUCCCACAAGAGUUGGGAAACUGCACUAGUCUGUUAUGGUUGAACCUUGCAAACAACAAACUAUCUGGGAAAUUUCCUUCUGAAUUGACAAGAAUUGGAAGCAAUGUAGGUGCCACAUUUGAGGCAAAUCAUAAAAGCAUUGGUCGAGUUGUUGCUGGCAAUAGCGAGUGCGCAUCAAUGAAGAGAUGGAUACCUGCUGAUUACCCUCCAUUCAGCUUUGUGUAUUCCAUCCUAACAAGGAAGAAUUGUAGAGCCCUUUGGGACAGAUUGCUAAAAGGAUAUGGUAUUUUCCCCAUGUGCACAUCUGAGCCCUCUUCUAGAUCAACACAUAUAUCAGGGUAUGUUCAGCUAAGUGGGAACCAGUUGAGUGGUGAAAUUCCAUCAGAAAUUGAAAACAUGCUGAAGUUCAGCAUGUUGCAUUUGGGGGAUAACAAGUUCUCUGGGAAUUUUCCUCCAGAGAUGGUAAAUUUGCCACUUGUGGUCUUGAACAUGACCAGAAACAAUUUUUCAGGUGAAAUUCCAAGGGAAAUUGGCAGCAUGAAGUGUCUACAAGAUCUGGAUUUGUCUUGGAACAAUUUCUCUGGAACAUUUCCCGUAAGUUUGGCCCACUUGGAUGAACUUAGCAGGUUCAACAUCUCAUACAAUCCCCUCAUAUCUGGUGUAGUCCCACCAGCUGGACAUUUGCUCACUUUUGACAGAGAUUCAUAUUUGGGUGACCCCCUCUUGAGCCUCCCAAAGUUCUUUAAUAUCUCUGAUGAAAGAAACAACACUCUUCACAAAGUCUUGAAACGACCCACAAAAUGGUCUUUGUUUUUAGCUCUUUCGCUAGCCAUCUUGGUCUUUGGACUUCUUUUUCUUGUAAUUUGUUUCUUGGUGAAAACUCCAUCUGUGGAACCAGGAUACCUCUUGAAGGAUAGGAAUAAGCAAGGGCAUGAUUCAAGCAGCUCCGGAUCCUCACCAUGGUAUUCUGAUACCGUUAAGAUAUUCCACUUGAACCAGACAGUUUUCACACAUGCAGACAUCUUGGAAGCAACUGGAAACUUCAAAGAGGACAGGGUCAUAGGAAAGGGUGGCUAUGGAACAGUGUAUAGAGGAGUGUUUCCUGAUGGGAGAGAAGUGGCAGUGAAGAAGCUCCAAAGGGAAGGAAUUGAGGGUGAAAAAGAAUUCAGAGCUGAAAUGAAGGUUUUGAGUGGUCAAGGAUUUGGCUGGCCUCAUCCAAACCUUGUCACACUCUAUGGAUGGUGCCUCUAUGGUUCACAGAAAAUACUUGUUUAUGAGUACAUAGGAGGUGGAAGCUUGGAGGAUCUUGUGACUGAUGCAACAAGGUUGACAUGGAGGAGGCGCCUAGAAGUUGCAAUUGAUGUGGCUCGGGCACUGGUCUAUUUACACCAUGAAUGCUACCCUUCUAUUGUGCAUAGAGAUGUGAAGGCUAGCAAUGUGUUGCUGGACAAAGAUGGGAAGGCCAAAGUCACAGAUUUUGGACUUGCUAGAGUUGUUGAUGCUGGAGAUAGUCAUGUGAGCACAAUAGUGGCUGGCACAGUGGGCUAUGUUGCACCAGAAUAUGGGCAUACAUGGCAAGCCACCACAAAAGGGGAUGUGUACAGUUUUGGGGUGGUGGUUAUGGAGCUAGCAACUGGUAGAAGAGCAGUGGAUGGAGGGGAAGAGUGUUUGGUGGAGUGGACUAGGCGUGUUAUGGGUUCUGGAAGACAAGGGUUGAGUUUGUGCCAUUCUGUGCCAUUUUUGUUGAUGGGGUCUGGGCUAGUUGAGGGUGCAAAGGAGAUGGUUCAGUUGCUCCAUGUUGGAGUGAAGUGCACUCAUGAUGCACCACAGGUUAGGCCUAACAUGAAGGAGGUUCUAGCUAUGCUUAUUAAGAUAAACAAUCCCAAUGGAGACUCAAAUUAUGAGUACCUUGUGUAGUCUUUUGUGAUUUAGAGAGAAAAAAAUGUGUACAGUGUAAUUUGCAAUACAGAAUACAUAGAACAAACAUGUCAUACACAGUUCAUUCAUCUCUUGUAAAGAAACUCCAUUCGUGUUGAAGAAUUAGCUCAAUUUUGUUCUGUAUCCAUGAGAUUUAUCUUUGUCACUCUACUCUUGUUUAACACCUUUUGAUGUAAUAAGCACCUGUGCUCAAUUUGUCUUAAUCAGGGUAAAUAAUUAAUUUCCUUCAUCCAUCCAGAAGAUUCCUAUCUUGUUCUUUAAACUAAGGUAACAAAUGUUAUGGAGGAUAUCUGUACUGAAAGACAACAUGGAGCGAAUCCCAUUAUAGAAUUAUAAUUUUUGAAUAAUACAAAUUUGCUUUUAUUAAG